AAUACAGGCGCAGCGUCCCUUCACACUGUAUUUGUAUGUUCGUGUUUGUGUCUCUCUUUGACCCAAGGGAAUCAAAUCCUAGGGUUUCCUUUCCAGACAUAAGUAGAGAGACGCAAAGACAAUGGAAACCUCGGACGUUUGUCCGCCAGAGGAUGCAAUUCAAGCUCUGUUAGAAUAUCUUGUUGACCCUUUGCUACCUGUUAAAUCUGCCACCAGUGAUGUUCCAUCGAUGGCUGAACAGGAGCCUGUAGCAAAGCAGGUACAUGCUGUUGUGGUGCUUUACAAUUAUUAUCACAGAAGAAAGCAUCCUCAUCUCGAGUACAUGAGUUCAGAAGCAUUCUGCAAGAUGGCUGCUGUUUUCAGGCCUGUUCUACUUCAAUAUUUGAAGGAACCUAAUGAAAUUGAACAGUGUGAUGCUUCCCAACAAACUUCACUAGUGAAGCGGGUUAUAAUGAAUGCAUGUGGUUUGUGUACGAAUUUGGAUGUGUUGCCAGCUUCAUCAAGCAUAGAGAAGUGGCCGAUUGGAGAAGUUGUCAUUUUCUUGGUUGAUUCAGAUAGGAAAAUGUGUUACCUUCAACACAGUGAGAUCACUCAGGGUGUGUGGUCACUGAUUGAAAAAGCCGCCCACGACUCUCAUCAUAGCUUAGGAUGCCAGCUGGGCGAAGUGAAGGAUAUCGAAAUUGUUUUUGAGAAACUUGCAUUUUCAGCAGUUGAGGAAGCAACAGGUUUUAAACAAAAUGCUGUUAUGAUUGUGGAGAGACAUGUUGUGUACUCGCUGAGAAAGGAGAGGACAGCUGCCCGUUUCUACAUUAUGCGGUGCUUCUCAGAAAAUAGUGACCUCGUAACACUUCCCAUUGAGGAUGCAAUUAACAGCUUGCAAGGUCCACUACUACAGAAGAUCUCCUCCGUAUGGACAACCACCCCUGUAGUUGAAUACUUUCAUAUGCUUCCAUUUUCUGACAUUGUAGCUGAUUGGUUUUCUAGGGGAGAAGAUGAAGGGUUUGUUGAAAAGAAAGAAGCAGCAUCUAUGGCCGUUGGUGUUGGAGAGAGCAUAAGAACAGAGGAGGUAGAAGACCAAAUGACAAUGGAAGCCGCUGAUAUUGGUAAUGAAAGGCCAGAUGUGGCUUCUGGUGGCAACAAGAGAGUACAAAGACAGGAGCCUAAAGUUCAUAGAAAAACAGCAAGUUUCAGUCGUGGUAGAGGCAGAAAACAUGUUCCUUCAAAGCCAAAGGGUGGACAAUCGUGGGCAAUUGAAGUCAUUGGUUGUGGUAAUGAAAGUUCACAUGUGGUUGCUGAUGGAAACAAAAGAGUAAGCGGAGGACAGGAGGAGGCUAAAGUCCAUAGAGAAACAGUAACUUCCGAUCAUUGUAGAAGCAGAGAACAUUUUGCUUCAAAGUCAACGGGUAAUGAUCAAUCAUGCGAUGAUCUCAAUGAUCGACACUCUCCAAACCAUGGCUUUCUUAGAAACAGUCCUAACACUGUCCAGAAGGAUAGCCAUCCCGAUAGAAAGAAGAACGGUUUUGAGCUCGGGUCUGACUCAAAGGUGAUCCAACGUAGUGCUGAUCACAGAGAGAACGGAACUCAAAAGAGGAAAUCCAUUCCUGAUGAACCACAAACUGGUGCUGACAAGCUGCGUAGUGUUCAUAACCAUAAUUCCAUUGCAGUUGAUGCUCAUAACUCCAACCUAGAUCUCGACAAGUUCCAAACUGUGAUUCUUUCCAAGUCAAAGCUAUUGUCAGAAACUGCAUUGAGAGUUCUUUCGUGUAAACGUGAUAAACUGAUUCUUCAGCAGCGAAACAUUGAAGAUGAGAUUGCUAGAUGUGAUAAAAGCAUCCAUAAUAUUCUCCGAGGUGGUGAAGAUGAUUGGGAGCUGAAACUGGAAUCGAUAAUAGAGUGCUGUAAUGAUGUAUACCCAAGACGUGCAUCCAUUGAGACAACAUCUCAGCAAUCACCCGAUAACUCGGCUUGCCAAUCUUACAAAAGGCUGAAGCUUUCUGAACCUCUCCCCUGUAGGAAAAGCUCUUGUCAGAAACUUGAUGAUAUAUGUUACGAGAAUAACUGGGUUUUACCCACGUAUCGAGUAUCGUCAUCAAAGGGUGGAUUCAAAGCCGAGGCGAAACUAACGGAGAGAGAGUUGGAAUACACGACCUGUGGAGAGGAGAAACCAAAUCCAGAGGAAGCUAGGGAUUCCGCUGCGGCUUGCUUGUUGGCCAAGUUACACUCCUCACCCUCUUUGAUCCAUAAUCUUUUCAACUGAAGGGAUUAGAUGCAUCCAAGUUUUGGAUUAGCAUUAAUGACAUUAUACUUUUUUUAAUUGAUAAUGUCAUCCUGAUAUUCUAUCAAUUAUCUCAUUUUUUCAAACUCUAUCUCAUACAUGCAAAGUAAUUUUUUUUAUAAUCUUAAAUUUCAUCAGUUAUUUGUGUA